AUGGAGGACCCUUCUUCAAUGACGACGGCUACUCAUGCUUGUAUCGAACUACAGAAUUGUACAAGCAUCCAUCAUGAUGAAGGUGGACAAUGUUCCUUGGUUGAAUCAAACCAAACUCCAACAACUGAAAAUACUUCUUCCGAAAUUAGAAAUGAUCAUCAUCAUGAGAAUGAGGCUCACACUCAUGACAUGACACCAUUACCACAACUACAACCACUCUCAUCAUACAACGUUGAGAUUGAUGAGGCUUCUCAACAGCACGCUUGGAAUUUGGAAUUUUCAGUUUUGAAAAAGCAACCCGAAACAACAACAGAAAAACAAAUUCAUGUACUGCAACAUGCUCUCGAGGAGGAACAAAUGACCAAAUACAAGAUGCAACAGUUUUUGAGAAAGUAUUGUGUGUCAUUUCCAAAUCCUGUCGUCUAUGUAUUGGUCAUUGUUUUUGGGUUAUCUUCUUGGAUUGCAGUGAAUGGUAUUUAUAGUGAGAUUCCCAUUCUUGGAACGACCCUACCUGAAGGAUAUGCCAUUGCUGUCGAUAUGAAUUUGAGUCUACAGUUGGCCAACAUUGUACCGUUUUUGUAUUUUGUCUUGAUGGUAUUUAGGAGAGCUUACAAUUUUAUCAGACAAAAGAAGAAGCUUGAAAAUUCACAAGUUGAUGAACAGAAUGCGCCCACACAUGUUCAACAGUUUGAAUGGAUUGACACGAUUGGAAUUAUUUCUUUGCUUGUGAUUGGAAUUGUCACAUUAAUAUUAAUGUCGUUUUUGUGGAAUAUUCAAGUAUCAGGACGAUCUUGGCCUUUCUUAAUUUUAACGUUCUUUAUCGGAGUGUGUGACUGUACUUCGACCUUGUUGUUUUAUCCCUUUGUGUUGCAUUUCACAUAUGCUUAUACGAGUGCUUUAUUGAUUGGAGAGUCCUUGACCGGCUUGGUUGCCUCUGUUAUUUCCAUUAUUCAAAUGCCUACUGACAAAAUUCUCUUGUUUCCAUUCUGGGUAUUUUGCGUCAUUUUGGCUGUUAUUACCUGUUUAAGUUUAGUUGCUUAUUGUUUAUUAAGGUUUUUACCUUAUUGCAAGCGAGAACUUCGAAGAGAAUUCGAUACACUCGCCGAAGAAAAGAAGAAGAAAAUACUCAUGAAAAAACCAAUUUUGACAUGGUCAACUGUGAGAUUACUCCUUUUCCAAUCCUUUUUGAGUUUCACUGAAAAUGGUUUGAUUGUUUCAAUUUUACCUUACGUUUUUCAGAAUUAUAGACAUCAUGGAACAUUGCUUCGUUAUUCCAUUACCUUUGGAAUGAUCAUUGCACCAAUCGCAAGUGGUGUUGCUUACUUGGUUCAAUUUUACAACUUUUUCAUAGCCAUGUUUGCUCAUCUUGGUUGGAUCAUUGGUGCAGGUUUCUUGUUCUUUAUUGCGCUAAAUAAUCCCAAUCCUCCACUCAAGCACUCUGAAGGUUUUGGAGCAUUCUUGGUAUUGCUUACACUGUUGACAAGAGCUCUCAUUUCAUUCACCAAAACGAAGGAAUUUCUCACAUGUCACGAACGAAUCGAGAAGGAAGAUAAUGAAAUUUUCCUUAAAUUAAGUAAGGCAGAGCAACAACAAUCGAGAGAGCAAAUCACCACUAUGGCAGCAUCUCAAGAAGGUUUGGAAAAUGGAUUAACACCUCUCAAUUCUUCCAUUCGAAGAACAGACGAGAGUUCUCAUCAACAUACAUUUUGGUUGAAUAUGAAACAAGUGUUGGACUUGAAUCCGUUCCGUCUCGCUGGUUUUGGAAUUCAACUUGGAGCAUUACUUGCCACCAUCAUUGUCAAAGCUUUACAAGAAUCUCACUACUUUGGAUAA